CUGAAGAAGGGACAGGAGGCAAGUCGAAGCUUUGCUUCCUUGCGUUCCACGCAGUUGCUGGUGCUAACAUGUUUGAUACUAUAGUUGUCGCUGAAUUACCUGCAAUUCUUUGGAAACGGGAAUACUAUAGCUGUAAAUAAAAUUAAAGUCGUACAAAUAAAAAAAAAAAAAAAAAAAAAAAAAAAAACGCCAGUUAUGAGCUUUGGAAGUGGGCUUGUGCGUGCUAUACAGUGGACUGCUACGUGACUACUUUGCUGUGGGUUCUGUAUGAACUUUUUUUUUUUUUUUUUUUUUUUUUCCAAAAGAGAACGAGGACUUAAAGUGUGUUAAAUGGAUACCUUGAGAACACACAGCUCUUUGACACAGGCAUCUGUGUUCCUUAAAACAAUUAUCCUUGUUGUGUUAUCUUUGUGCAACAAAUCCUGUGCUCAGGUGUACAAUCUGAGCUUGUCUAUUGAAGAAGGACUUCCAGCAGGGACAAUUGUUGGGGAUAUAAGAACUGGACUUCCAAAUGGCACUCCCAAUAGUGGAUUUUUCAUAUCUGAGAGCAGGGAAUCUUAUUUUUUUAAGGACCUGGAUAUUGAUGGAGACUCUGGUAUAAUUUCCACAACAAAAGCUCUGGACAGGGAGAGCAGGGGCAAGUAUGAAUUUGUGGCAGCUACUCUAACUGGAGAGAUGGUACAGGUGGAGAUCCUGAUAAUUGAUGUAAAUGACCACUCUCCAGUCUUCCCCAAGGAAAAGGUGCAGCUAAAUAUUUCUGAGCAGAGUCCUUCUAUGUCCAGGUUCCAGCUGGAGGGUGCUCUGGAUCUAGACGAGGGAGAGUUUGGCAUCCAGGGAUACAGGAUCACUGAAGGGGAUCCCAGUGGAAUGUUUAGGCUGGAAUACAGAAGCAGGAGCAACCGUGAUCUCAGUGUGGAUCUGAUCCUGUCAGGCAAAUUGGACAGAGAAAGCAUUGACUUCUAUUCCUUAGGCAUAAACGCUUUUGAUGGAGGCAACCCCCCCAAAACUGGAAAUCUGCAGGUUGACAUUGUUGUCUUGGAUGAAAAUGAUAACCCUCCAGUGUUUAAUCAGGCCAAGUAUGAGGUGCUUGUUUGGGAAAAUGCACCUCUGACAGCCUCCGUGUGCCAAGUUUAUGCCACCGACCAAGAUCUCGGGAGCAACGGGAAUGUCAUCUAUGAGAUUAACCGUCGCCAGAGUGACCCCAAUGAGCUGUUUGUUAUCAACAACAAAACUGGUGUAAUCAGCCUGAAUAAACCACUGGACUAUGAGAACCAACCAUUUCAUGAGCUAAUAAUCCAAGCACGAGAUGAUGGAGCCCAACCUGAGUACAGCAGCACAUUUGUUUUGGUCAAAGUGCUGGAUAUUAAUGACAAUAGUCCUACCAUUAACAUCAUGUUCCUCAGUGAAUCUGGAGAACCAAAGGUCUCAGAGGAAGCCAAUAUUGGAGAUUAUGUGGCCAGGAUAUCUGUGUCUGACCCAGAUCUUGGGGAACAACUAAAGGUCCAUGUGUCCUUGGAAGGUGGCGAUGGAAAAUUCACUUUGAAACCAUCUGAUGAUUUUCUGUAUUUUCUUUGUGUCAAUGGAUCUUUGGACAGAGAGAAGCUGGAUUUGUAUGAGUUGAGGAUUGUUGCCUCAGAUUUUGGAGUUCCACCUCUGUGGAGCGAGAAGACUUUUUUGAUAACAGUGACGGAUAUAAAUGAUAGCCCACCAGUGUUUGAACAAGAUAUAUUUACAGUAAAUGUAUCAGAAGCAGCAUCUCGGGGGACUGCCCUGCUUCAAGUUCAUGCUAAAGACUCAGAUGAAGGCAUCAGUUCUGUUGUGUAUUAUGCUGUUGUGAAUCUUUUGGACACCUACAUGUUUGCUGUAGACUCCAUGUCUGGUUUGAUAACUACAGUUUCUCCUUUGGAUCAUGAGAAACAGCACCUCAUACACUUGCUGGUAGUAGCCACAGAUGCAGGAAGCCCACCCUUGUCUUCAACAGCCACAAUUGCUGUCCAUGUUGAGGAUGUCAAUGACAACAAACCAGUUUUUGAGCACCAGGUGUAUAAUGCCUCUGUGCUAGAACAUUCACCGGUUGGGAGCUGUUUUCUUCAGGUUACAGCCACAGAUGCAGACAGCGAUGAGUUUGGCAAAGUGCGGUACUCUCUAUACGAUGGGUUCAAUAAUUAUGAAAAAUCUCACAUUUUACGAGUGGACGCUGAUUCUGGACAGGUCUGCAUAUCACAAGACAUUGACAGGGAUGGUGGGCUGGCAAACUUUGAUGUUUUGGUGAAAGCUGAAGACGGGGGGGGUCUGAGUGCCCAAGCUUACAUUCAUAUAGAAGUGGAAGACGUCAAUGACAGCCGACCAGUGUUCAACCCACUAAGAUACAUUACAAGCAUAAGCAGUCACACUCAGCCUGGAACUGAAGUCCUGAACAUUAUUGCAACUGACAGUGAUGCUGGAACAAAUGGACAAGUAUCUUAUGAACUUGUUCCUGGGGAUUUGUCUUUUCUUUUCACAGUUGACACAUCAACAGGGAUAUUGUAUUUGACAUCCACUCUGAGCCAUCUGGGGAGCACCAGUGUGGAGCUGUCUGUGUCUGCUCAGGAUGGGGGCGGUCUCAGCUCCCUGCUCAAUGCAGCUGUCACAGUGAACAUCGUCAGGAGUGCACUGGCCCCUGCAGUAUUUGAGAGAUUACGAUAUGCGUUUGCUGUGCCAGAGGAUGCCAAAAAGGGGACUGCUGUGGGAACAGUUCAGGCUACCACUCCAUCCAAUUCCCUGGAGUCCCUAUCCUACAGAAUUUCAUCCGGAGAUCCAAAUGGCCUCUUCUCCAUCCACCCUGAGUUUGGUAUGAUCAGCACUAAUGGGCCUUUGGAUCAUGAAUCCCAGCCUUAUGUCAUCCUCAUGGUGCAGUCCCAGACCGGGAGCUCCCCAGUCUACAGCAGCACCCAGGUGAACAUAACAAUCAUUGAUGUUAAUGACAACCUGCCUGUCUUCUAUAAAGAAUCAGAGACAAUCACGGUUUCUCAGAACACCUUGCCAGGCACUGUGCUGUACAUCGCUCAUGCAGAGGACAGAGACAGCGGGCACAAUGGGAGGAUCAGGUAUGCUCUACAAACAGACAAUACCAAGGUGUUCACCAUUGACGUCAGGCAUGGAACAGUUUCUCUCAACAGAAGUCUUUCCCAAGACACGCAGCCUAGGUACCUUCUGAAAAUCUCAGCAGAAGAUGAAGGAGAUCCUCCACAGAGCUCCGUGUUCACCCUUGUUGUCAAUAUUGACCGCACAAAAUUGGAAGACACCCUGGCUUUUGAAACUCUAAUUUACCAGGUGGAGAUCAGUGAGAAUGCUCAAACAGAUACAAGGCUUAUCCAAGUCCGAGCCCAUGGACGGGAUCCACAGACUUACUCAAGCCUGUCUUACUCCCUCCAGACAAUUUCAGGGUCUCCGGUGUUUGGGAUCCAUCUUGACAGUGGCUGGAUUUACCUCCGCCAGAGCCUGAACUAUGAGUCCACAUCGACAUACAAGUUUGAAGUGUCAGCCACCGCAAUGGAGGAGAGGAUGGUCCUGCAAGCCACUGCUACCGUCACUGUCAAUGUGUUGGACGAGAAUGAUAAUGCUCCUGUCUUCUCUCAGGAAUCUUAUUUCUUCACCAUUCAAGAAGGCCCUAUUCCUCAUGGAUUGGUUGGCUCAGUGAAAGCAGCAGAUAUCGACUCGGGGAGAAAUGCGCAAAUGUCCUACAUCCUAUUGUCAGAAGGAAAAUACUUCCGCAUUAAUUCCAAGACAGGUGAAAUAAUAAACUGGGUUGCGCUAGACCGUGAGCAACGCACUCACCACACACUGUCGGUUUUAGUGACAGACCAAGGAGUCCCACGUCUGAAUGCAACCACCACCAUCUACAUCAUUGUCACCGAUAUUAAUGACAACCCACCUCAGUUUACACACAUGCCGACUGGGAAAGAGAUUAAUGUCCAGGUUUGGGAAGGACAGGCUGCAGGCACUGUGGUAGCCACCUUAUUUGCAAAAGACCUUGACGCUGGUAUGAAUUGUCACAUUACCAUAUCUCUGUAUGAUGGGUUGGGGCAUUUUGAGAUAGACAGCAAAACAGGAGAAAUUAAGACAACAGAGCGUCUUUUACAAAGCUCAAGAAUCCGCUAUAGGCUGACUGUUACUGCCAGGGACAAGGGACCCUCUCCACUCGAAGCAUCAGCUGUAGUUCACAUACAGAUUAUUCCAGUGGAUAAAGGGAGCUCUAAUAAUGCUGAACAAGUCAUACGACAUUUUGUUAUAAAAGAAGAUUCCAAGCUCGGAAGAGCUAUUGGUUCACUCAAACUACCCAAUCAUCAUAAUCAAAUGGUGGAUUAUUCCAUCUCUGAAGGGGAUGGCAGUCUUCACUUUGGGGUUGACCGCUCUACCGGAGACCUGCACCUGGCCUAUGAACUAGACUACGAAACAGCUUCUCAUUACCUUCUCAAGGUGCAGGCGGAAGACCACAGCCAGGUCCCUGUGCACAACACGGCAGUGUUUGUCAGUGUAACUGUAGAAGAUGUCAACGACCACUCACCCUGGUUUUUGGAUGACUUUAUUGUCAUUGGAAUAGAGGAGAACUUGCCUGCAGGUUCCCAGGUUUACACUUUUAAUGCUAAGGAUGGGGAUGGAAGCUUACCAAACAGUGCCUUGCGGUAUAAAGUUACGUCAAGCAGUAUGAAGGAAACUCCAUUUCUCAUAGACCCUGUGCAAGGUAUAUUAACAACCACAGCCCUCCUCGACAGAGAAGAAACUCACACCUUUAUCCUAACUGUGACUGCAACAGAUCAGGCGGUGAACCUCUUAGACCGAAAGACAUGCUCACUUACAGCCAAGAUUGCUAUUUUGGAUGUGAAUGACAACAGCCCUGUUUUUGUGUCAUCGCACAUUUCCUAUGUAAUGGAAGAUGCGGAAGUGGGAUCGCUGGUCCAUCACACUAUUGCCCAAGAUAAGGACGAGGGUAGAAACGGGAAGGUUACUUACAGUAUAUUGUCAGGAAAUGAAAAAGGAGUCUUUCUAUUGGAGGAAACAACAGGACUGCUGUUUUUAGCCUCCUCCCUGGACCAUGAGGUAUUGAAUUCGUACUCCUUGAGCAUCCUUGCCAGUGACAGUGGAUACCCUGCUCUCUCCGCCACUCAGACACUCACAGUCUCCGUUGUUGACGUGAAUGACCAAGUACCCUUGUUUAAGGAAACCCAUUACAAUGCUUCAGUACCUGAAAACCAUGAGCCGGGAGAAUUUGUUAUCAGAGUUGCAGCAGUCGACAGGGAUUCAGAGAUGAAUGCUGCUGUGUGCUAUACCCUGCUGCCUGGGUCUGGACAUGACUUAUUUACAAUAAACUCUCAGACUGGAGAGAUUACCACCAAAGCAGUGCUGGACAGGGAAGUUCAAGACCACUUCAGCAUACGAGUUCUGGCUCGAGACAGUGGGCUACCUGCGCUCUCCAGCACAGCCACUAUCAUGUGUACUGUCCUGGACUACAAUGACAACACCCCUGAGUUCAUACUCCCCACAUUUGAAAUCAAGAUUCCAGAAAACCAGGAGCCAGAAAUUAUUUACACAGCUUUGGCUUCAGACGAGGAUGCCGGAGAGAAUGGGAUAAUUGAAUAUGGAUUGGUUGAUGAAAGUGCUGGUGGACAUUUUGUCAUCAAUUCUACCACUGGGGCACUUCGUACAACUGAAGCAUUAGACAGGGAAGAAAGAUGUAACUACACCAUCGUUAUUGAGGCCCGUGACCUGGGAACUCCACAGCGAAGCUCCACUGCCGAGUUGAGAAUCACAGUCUUGGACGUUAAUGACAACAGCCCAGAGUUCAGCAAAACCCAUUACCGGACAUCAGUCAGCGAAGACUUGGUAGUGGGGUCAGAGGUUCUCCAGCUGACAGCAACUGACAAAGACGAAGGUUCCAACGGAGAAGUUAUGUAUUCCCUCAUUGAUGAUACCCUUGGGAUGUUUACUAUAAACAGCUCAACUGGCACUGUGAUGACCACCAUGCAGCUGGACAGAGAGACCAAGUCACAAUACGUGUUUCGGGCAGUAGCAAACGACUGUAGCACCCAAAGGCCACGGAGUUCAACAGUCAACGUCAUGGUGCACAUCGAAGACAUCAAUGACAAUGCCCCAGUUUUUAUUCAGAACCCAGUCAACGGCCAAGUUUCCAUGGAAACAGCUCUAAACCAGACCAUAGCAACAGUAAGAGCUGACGACAGUGACCUUGGCCAGAAUGGAGAAGUGGUGUUCAGUUUUGCAGAGCCAGAUUUGCUUUUUGACAUUAACCGUCAGACUGGAGAUAUCUGGUUGAAGAGCUUGAUUCCAUCCAGUGAAUUUGGAACAAAAGUCCUCCAUGUGAUUGCGGCAGAUCAGGGAAUCCCAGUGCAGAACUCUUCCGGUCUGGUUAUGGUUCAUUUACAGGGUGAGGAGCCUAGGAUCUGGUUCACUCAACCUGUCUAUAAAGCAGCAAUUCCUGAAAAUAGCAAAUCUGGUUCCACGGUUGUGACUGUUACUGCCCAUGACCGUAACAAAGACGCAAGGAAAAUAAAAUACAGCAUUUUUAGUGGGAACGAAAAUGAAGCUUUCACAAUAAACACAGACACUGGUUACAUUUCUGUAAAGGAUCACAAAAGCCUGGAUUUCGAGAUGCAGGAUAAGAUUCAUCUUGUGGUCCUGGCUGAAAAUACCUGGCAGACUGCGUACUGCAGAAUAACAAUCACAAUUCAAGAUGUGAAUGACAACCCACCAAGAUUCGAACAAAGUUACUAUAAAACAGCGGUGUGGGAAGGGCAAAUUCACAACACUUAUAUCAUGCAGGUUUUUGCUACUGAUGCUGACAGUGGCCUUAACGGGCAGAUAGAGUAUUCGAUCCUCUCUGGUAACCAAAAUGAGGCCUUCCUCAUAGACACAGCCCGAGGCAUUGUAGCCACAAACACCAUUCUGGAUCGAGAAAUCUUUUCAUCGUACAAGCUGAUUCUUUUGGCUACUGAUAAAGGCAGCCCCCAACUGACUGCUACCACCACAGUGAGAAUCCAGGUAGUGGACGUCAAUGACAACGCCCCAGCGAUCCCUCCGAUGGAGCCUGCUGAAAUUGCUGAGAACCUUCCAGCUGGCUACAUGGUAACACAAGUAUCAGCGAAUGACGUGGACCUGAGCCCAGCUCUGUCCUACAGUUUUGCUGACAAUGGGAAUCCAGGCGGUAAAUUUGCCAUCGAUCCUUAUACCGGAGUAAUCACACUGACUGAAUCGCUGGACUAUGAGGAAAGCCCCCAGUAUGUUUUACAGAUCAAAGCCUCGGAUUCUAUUCAUGAAACAGGAGCAGAACUCAGGGUCCACGUGCUUGAUGUCAAUGACAAUCCACCUGUCUUCUCCCAGGAGUCAUACCAGAUCGUAUUGGCUGAAUUGACUCCAAUGGAUACAUUUGUUCUGGCACUGUCAGCCACGGACAGAGAUUCAGGACUCAAUGGAGAGGUUUCCUACCGGCUCCUUUCAUCAGCUUCGAAGGGGUUUUAUAUCAAUUUGAAAAAUGGCUCUUUAUUCACCAGCAAGCCGCUGAGGUAUUUUAUGGAGAGCUCUGUGGUACAGCUCCUUGUGGAAGCCAAUGAUGGUGGAGACCCAGCUUUGACAGCUGUGACUUCUGUGGAAAUACAAAUACAAGACAUCAAUGACCACGCACCUCAGUUCAUGCAAGCCACAUACCAAGUGAGCGUGUCCGAAGAUGCAGCAGUCGGGAGCACCGUGCUGUAUCUCUCAGCUUCUGACCAGGACUUGUCCCAUGAGAACUCUUACCUUGACUACACCAUCUUUGGUGGCAAUGAGCAGAACAGAUUUUGCAUUGAGACCAGUGUUUUACAGGCAGACGAUGAGUACAAGACAGUGGGCAAGCUUGUGCUGUGCAAUCGCCUGGACCGCGAAAACACAAUGAACUACACCCUGGUGGUAGUUGUCUCUGAUCGGGGGACACCUCCACUAAAUUCUUCUGCAGUUGUCUCAGUAACUGUGCUAGAUGCUAAUGAUAACCCUCCUGUCUUCAGCCGAUUGGAAUACCACAUUCAGGUCAGCGAAAGCAUUCCCCUGGGGAGUAGGCUCACUCAGGUGUCAGCUCAUGACCCAGACGAAGGAGUCAAUGCUGAAAUAAAGUUUCACAUUGUUUCUGGCAAUGAUAAAGGACACUUUAGACUAGACCACAGAAGUGGUGCAGUGGAACUGAACCAGAGUUUGGAUUAUGAAGAAAAUACCAAAUUCACAUUGACCAUCCAAGCCACUGAUGGCAGCAGCAUGGGGAGCAGAAAAAUAGCCUUUGCUGUGCUGUUCAUCACUGUGCUGGAUGAGAAUGAUAACUCUCCCUACUUUAUGUUCCCUGCCAUGAACUGCUCAAUCUUGGAAAAUCAGGCUGCCUUUACUCAUGUUUGCUCACUCUAUGCAAUGGACCAUGAUUCAGGCCCAUUUGGACAGGUGACCUACUCUAUUUUGUCACCAUGCUCAGUAGAUUAUGAAAGUCCAAAUAAAAAGGAGGCUUUUGCAAUAGACUCCUUGACUGGGGACAUCUAUUCCAAACAAACUUUUGACUAUGAAAGAGAGAAUAGGUACUGCUUUAUGGUCCAAGCUAAAGACAAAGGCGACCAAACAGCAACAAUUAUGGUUCAGGUGGACAUUGAGAGUGUUGACGAGUUCAGCCCUGUCUUCUCACGAACAGAAUAUUACUUUGAGCUCCCUGAGAACUCUGAAGUGGGGCAGAGCAUCGGCCAGGUCUCAGCCAUAGACAAUGAUGGUGGAAUAGAUGGGGUUCUUGUGUAUUCCUUGGCUGAGUCCUCUCAGUUCUUUUCAGUGAACAGAACCAGUGGAACCGUGUAUCUCACCAGUGCUGUCUACAGGAAAAAAGGCAUUGCCAAAAAGAGAGAGGACCUAAUAGAGUUCAAGGUGAAAGCAAGCAGUCCCAAGUUUGAUUCCAAGUCUGAAAGCUGCAUCGUUAUUGUCAACAUCUCCAACUCUGCAGAGGCCUUCACUGGAAUGCAGCUGAACAGCCUGACCAUCAGCCUUGCCAUUUCCUUUGUAGUAUUCCUGCUGUUGGCCAUUAUUCUUGUGGCGCUUAUUUUGAGAUUUAGGAGGAAAUAUGUCAAAGUGAAAACAAGAACUGUAGAUUCAAUGGCUACAAGUUUAAACCACAGUAUUUCGGAUACACUUGAAAAAAGUAAUGGCCAUAGGCACAGCACCAUUGUCCUUCAAGAUUUAGCAGAGCAGGUGGACAUCAGAGACAAGAAGGAGGUGACUAACCCCUGUAGGCACUCUGGCUCAAGUGGCAGGGGCUCUGCAGAUGGAGAUGCAGCCGAAGACGAAGAGAUCAAGAUGAUCAAUGAACAUCCCUGCCGGAAAGGUUCUGGGUCUGCCCUAAACGAGAGGGCAUCCAGGGUGCCAGACUCAGGGAUACCUCAGGACUCAGACCAAUUCUCUUGCCAGUCAGAGGAAGCAGAUCUGGCUGUUACCACCACUGCCACUGUUGCCAACAGCUCAGAGAGCAUUUACCACUUCAAAGAGGAAGGUGGAGGGGAAGGAUGUGACCAAAACUAUGCCUCAAAUGAAGUACUGUCUAGAAGGAUCACUGGCAUGGCCAUCAAAGAGAAAGACGUGUUGGCGCACAGUACAAAGAGAUAUAUCUUCAACACUGAUGGCCAGAGCUCCGCAAGGGCUUCCCUUACUUCGUUAGUGAGUGCAGAAGAGGAACUCAGAGGAAGCUAUAACUGGGACUACUUAAUGAACUGGGAGCCCAGAUUUCAGCCACUGGCCUCUGUCUUUACAGACAUUGCCGAGCUCCAGGAUAAUGGGUUACAAAAGCCAAAUAUUGCAAAAGAGUCCAGGGGUAUUAUUUAUCCCCCUCCCUUAAUCACGUCAGUGGCUCAGCCUGGAAUCAGGGCGGUUCCACCGCGGUUGCCCACCUUUACCAACAGAGCAGCCUUCCCUAAAUACACUCAAUCUCCCCUCACUGGGAAGUCAGGUCUCACACCGUCCGCCAUGACACCCAGCUUCUCUCCAUCUCUGUCCCUGCUUACCAUGCAAACUCCCACAUCGUCCCCAGUUGUUUCAGAGACAGGCAUCACUGGCCCAUCCAAAAGAGCAACCCUUCAUCCUUCAACACCCAGAGAAGAAGACAUGCAAGUGUAAACUACUAAUAUUUUAGUAUUCUCUAAAGACACUACCCUUUUCCUUUAACUAAAUGGUUCUCACAUUUUUAGCAAUAUGUAUUUAAAAAAAAAAAAAAACUGUGAUUAAGAAACUAAUAAAGAACUGUUUUGUCAAGAGUUUUUGUUUUAAUUCAAAGUGGAACCAAACAAAACUUUCUACCCUUAAGUAAAACCUCAGUAGCAUUUACAUUACAUGCUUUGGUUCAAGGGAUGCGUGUUUUGAAAAAAAACAGUGUGCUGAAGCUUUAUGUAAAA